UCUUUAACCAUGAGCAAAGUUAGCGGUUCUGCCGUCAGAGAGACCGUCCGUGCCAUCAAGGCCGGAUGCGAAGAGAAGAAGCGUAACUUCACUGAGACCAUCGAGCUCCAGAUUGGUUUGAAGAACUACGAUCCCCAGAGAGAUAAGCGUUUCUCUGGCUCUAUCAAGCUCCCCAACAUCCCCCGUCCCAACCUUUCCGUCUGCGUUCUCGGUGAUGCUUUCCACUGUGACCAGGCCAAGGCUGCCGGCAUGGAGUUCCAGUCCGUUGACGAUUUGAAGAAGUUGAACAAGAACAAGAAGCAGAUCAAGAAGCUCGCCAAGAAGUACGAUGCUUUCGUCGCUUCCGAGGCUUUGAUCAAGCAGAUUCCUCGUCUCUUGGGUCCCGGUCUCCACAAGGUCGGUAAGUUCCCUACCCCCGUCUCCCACGCUGAUUCCUUGACCGAUAAGGCCAACGAGAUCCGUGCCACCAUCAAGUUCCAGUUGAAGAAGGUUCUCUGUCUCGGUGUUGCUGUCGGUCACGUCCAGAUGACUGAGGAUGAGUUGCUCGCCAACAUUAUGUUGUCCAUCAACUUCUUGGUCUCUCUCUUGAAGAAGAACUGGCAGAACGUCAAGUCUUUGUACUUGAAGUCCUCCAUGGGUAAGCCCCAGCGCCUCUUCUAAAUCCAUCCAGUUGUUUGAUCUAUUUUAUCUUUCAUACAAUAAAACAUUACUUCUUUAUGGUGAAAAAUAUACUUCAAAUUACUUUAUUUUAUUUUGAGCUGUCAAGAGAUGUAAUUAUGAGCUUAC